AGAGUUCAUGGGUAUAAAUCUCAGCCUUUAGCACUUGCAACAUUCACUCUUCUGUGCAAUAUAGCAGUCUGUCUAAGUCUUUACACAAACUAACUAAAGACUGACAACAUCGAUCAGUUGUUGAGUUCAAGUCAUUCUCUGUUAGUUUCAUUCUCUCUUUCUAGCUAGUUAGCAACUUGCUAUCUCUUAACUAGUUGUUGAGUUCAUUGGUGGUCACAUGAUCUUGUAGUUGUGUACAAAAGAAGUCUUUAACUUGGUUAUUUCGGCUUCCCAAAACGUGGGGUUUGUUGUUCUAGUUGCAAAGAGUGCUCUGUCAAAAUCCAAGUUGUUUUGUUUGAAUUUUGAACACAUGAUCUUGAUCAAUACUCCAUUGAAAUUUUAGUCCAAUCUAGCUAUAUAUCUAGCAAGCUAGUUCUAGGAUAGUGAGAGAUUUUUGGUUCUAUAUAAGUAGUUAAACUCUCCCAAUCUCAUUUUAUACUUGUAUCUGAAUCUUUAAGUGCAGAAGCAGUUUAAGUAGUUCACCAUGAAAAAAAUAUCUCUGUUGUCAUUCUUAUUCUCAUUCUGCUUCUUUGUCAGUCUUUUCGUAGUAUCUGUCCAAGGAAGAGUUCAUAAACAUAAGGAUAAACGUAGUCGUCAUCCACCAACUUCUCACAUUUCAGCACCUCCUCUUCCUUCACCUUCAUCCCCCCCUGAGUCUUCUCCUAUUCCUGUUAUUAAGCCAAGUAAUAUUUUCAAUGUACUAUCUUAUGGAGCUGUUGGAGACGGUUUAACUGAUGAAACCGCUGCUAUCAAAUCGGCAUGGGAUUCAGCUUGUCAAUUUGACUCUGGACCAUCAGCCACUCUCCUUAUUCCUCAAGGUCAUACCUUCAUGAUGCAAUCUGCAAUAUUCAAUGGCCCUUGUCAAAACAAAGUCAUUUUUCAGGUUGAUGGUAUCCUAAUGGCACCUGAUGGACCUGAGUCCUGGUUAAAAAGUAACAGUAAAAUUCAAUGGUUGGUCUUCUAUAGAAUGAACGGGUUUACAAUCCAAGGAAGUGGUGUUAUUGACGGAAGAGGCCAAAAAUGGUGGGAUCUUCCCUGUAAACCUCACAAGGGAGUAAAUGGAACCACAUUGCCAGGACCUUGCGAUAGCCCAAUUGCCAUAAGGAUCUUUAUGUGUACCGAUGUAGCUCUAAAAGGACUCAAGAUUCUAAACAGUCCCCAAUUCAACGUCAAAUUCGACAAUUGCCAUGGUGUUCAUAUAGAUUCAUUAAAAAUUACAGCACCUGGUAGAAGCCCCAACACCGAUGGAAUUCACAUAUCCACUACCGAUAAUGUCGAAAUUUUCAACUCUGUUGUUGCAACUGGAGAUGAUUGUGUAUCAAUUUCAACUGGUUGUCAUAAUGUAGACAUAAGGAAUAUUACAUGUGGACCUAGUCAUGGAAUCAGCAUUGGAAGUUUAGGAAACCAUAAUUCGCGUGCAUGUGUUUCGAAUAUAUCAGUGACUGAUUCAGUGAUCAAGUAUUCAGACAACGGUGUGAGAAUCAAGACAUAUCAAGGUGGAUUUGGGUCAGUGUCAGGCAUAACUUUCAACAACAUUCAUAUGGAUACCGUGAGAAACCCACUCAUAAUCGAUCAGUACUAUUGCGAAGCUCAUGGCUGCAGUAACCAAACAGCGGCUGUUUUUGUAUCCGAUAUAUCGUACACAAACAUUAAAGGAACGUACGACUAUCGGUUUCCACCAAUGCAUUUCGGAUGCAGUGAUUCAAUUCCUUGUACGAAUCUCACAUUGUCAGACAUCGAACUUCUUCCAUCAGAGGGAGAGUUUGUGAGAGACCCAUUCUGCUGGAACGCUUAUGGUGCUUCACAGACACUGACAAUUCCGCCUGUUUUUUGUUUACAAGAGGGUGUGCCACGGUCUAUCCUAGAGAACGACCUGCUUGGUCAGUGCUAAAUUGCUAAUCUAUACUUGUGUGAUUAAUUAAGUUAAUUAACUACAUUAAAUUAGAUUAGAUGAUUAAUGUAAGUAAUUAAGAAGUUUUUACAUAUGAGUGGACAUAGAAUAGAUAUAUAUAUAUAUCCAUAAGAAAAGCUUUGUGUUUGUGUUUGGUUAUGUAUUAGAGAGCACCAGUGUUUGUGAACUGGAAAUAAGUGAGAAUUGAUCAAGAGUGGUGUAAGAAUAUGUGCUACAUCAUAUUGUAUGUACCCCUUGGGAAUUCAUAUCAAUAUAUAUAGUUGACAAAAAUGA